AUGAGUCAUAAGACUUCUUGGGUACAAGGAGCUACUGGUGGAAAAUUUUACAAGUGGACAACUGAACGGCGAGUAGACCUCGCCACAGGGACUGUGACACAUUCAUUUCUACAUGUACCGGAGUGUCCCUACCCCUUGUUAGGGAGAGAUUUACUAUCAAAAAUAGGGGCGCACAUCAAGUUCCAUGAGGGUGGAGCUUCAGUUUCCGGACCCAGGGGAGAGCCCUUGUACCUCUUGACCUUGAGAAUAGAAGAUGAAUAUAGAUUGCAUGAGAAGCGCCCCCCCGGAGGGCCUGUCCCUUCCUUGUUGCUGAAAGAAUGGGUGGAAAGUUUCCCCAAUGCCUGGGCCGAGACGGGAGGGGUCGGGUUGGCGAUCAACCAACCACCCCUGGUGAUCAACUUGAAACCCACGGCUUCUCCAGUGGCUAUCAGGCAAUAUCCGAUGUCGAGGGAAGCAUUCCAGGGCAUCAGACCGCAUAUACAGAGACUACUACAACUAGGCAUCUUGGUGCCCUGCCGUUCCCCGUGGAACACUCCUCUAUUGCCGAUAAAGAAACCAGGGACAAAUGAUUACCGACCUGUCCAAGACUUAAGAGAAGUUAAUCAGCGAGUCGAGGACAUGCAUCCAACUGUCCCCAACCCAUACAAUCUUUUAAGCUCCUUGCCCCCGUCUCACACCUGGUAUACUGUAGUAGACCUCAAAGAUGCCUUCUUUUGCUUAAGACUAUGCCCCCAGAGCCAGCCAUUGUUUGCCUUCGAAUGGAGAGAUCCGGAAUCUGGGCUUGCUGGGCAGCUGACAUGGACCAGAUUGCCACAAGGGUUCAAGCACUCCCCCACCAUUUUUGAUGAAGCCCUCCACCGGGACCUGGCUGAUUUCCGCAUACAACAGCCUGACCUCAUCCUUUUACAGUAUGUAGAUGACCUUCUCCUUGCUGCUCCUUCCGAAGAAUCUUGCAUACAAGGUACGAAAGCCCUUCUAAAAAGACUCGGAGAGUUGGGAUACCGAGCCUCUGCUAAGAAGGCCCAACUAUGCCAGACCAAAGUAACAUACCUAGGAUAUGUCCUAGAAGGAGGACAGAGAUGGCUGACAGAGGCUAGAAAACAGGCUGUGUCCUCAAUACCUGCUCCCAAAAGUCCCAGGCAGCUGAGAGAGUUCCUGGGAACUGCAGGAUUCUGCCGACUCUGGGUACCGGGAUUCGCUGAGAUCGCAGCCCCCUUGUAUCCCCUAACCAAACAGGGAACAAAAUUUCUAUGGGAAUCGGAACAGCAGGAGGCCUUCGACCGCAUCAAAGAAGCCCUCUUGAAGGCCCCGGCACUGGGACUCCCUGACGUAACCAGGCCGUUUAAUCUUUAUGUGGAUGAAAGGAGAGGAAUUGCAAAAGGAGUCUUAGUACAAGCAUUGGGGCCAUGGAAGCGGCCAGUGGCCUAUCUCUCUAAGAAACUUGAUCCAGUCGCAGCGGGGUGGCCCCCAUGCCUACGAAUGAUUGCUGCCAUAGCAACUCUGGUUAAGGACUCUGGCAAGUUGACCCUUGGCCAGCAGAUCACUGUGAUCGCGCCACAUGCUGUGGAGGCCAUAGUCCGGCAGCCCCCUGACCGAUGGUUAACUAAUGCUCGAAUGACGCAUUACCAGGCAUUGUUAUUAGCCCCAGAAAAGAUACGGUUUGGCCCUGCGGUCGCCCUGAACCCUGCCACGCUCCUCCCAGACCCUGGAACCCCGGGAGAUGUUCCACACAACUGUCAGCAAAUCCUUGCGGAGGUACACGGAACACGAGAGGACCUCUCUGAUCAACCCAUGCCAGAUGCUGAGGUAACGUGGUUCACCGAUGGGAGCAGUUAUGUGGUGGAUGGGAAACGACGGGCAGGGGCUGCGGUGGUAGACAAUGAAAAGACUAUUUGGUCAAGUGCCCUGGCACCGGGCACUUCAGCUCAGCGGGCAGAACUAAUAGCCCUAACCCAGGCCCUGAAGCUUGCAGAAGGGAAAAAGGCUAAUAUUUAUACUGACAGCCGCUAUGCCUUUGCUACCGCACAUGUGCAUGGGGAAAUAUAUCGAAGAAGAGGAUUACUGACGUCAGGGGGAAAAGAGAUAAAGAACAAAGAUGAAAUUGUAGGACUCUUGCAAGCAUUGUUUCGCCCCAAGAAAAUCAGCAUUAUCCAUUGCCCUGGGCACCAGAAGGGAAAUGACCCAACAGCAAAAGGAAACCAAUUGGCAGACUCGGCUGCUAAACGGGCAGCUGAAGAGACUCAGACAUUAACAAGGACUUGGAAGUGCGGAGAUAAAGUCGCUUUACCUCUUAAAAAUUCAAAGGAAAUAGUAAAGCAUCUACAUCAACUUACACAUUUGAGUCGCAGAAAGAUGCUUGCCUUACUAACUAAAGAAGAGUGCCCCUUCCACAUUCUCCGUCUGCCUGGUUUAGUUCAAGAGACUGUAGAUCUUUGCAAACCAUGCGCACAGGUAAAUGCAGAGAGACUCAAGCUCCCCCCUGGGGCGAGAGCACGGGGUCAUCGUCCAGGAAUGUGUUGGGAAGUAGACUUCACUGAAGUCCGUCCAGGUAUGUACGGUUAUAAGUAUCUUCUAGUUUUUGUGGACACCUUCUCUGGGUGGACGGAAGCGUACCCCACCAAGAAAGAAACGGCACAGGUGGUGGUAAAGAAGAUCUUGGAAGAAAUAUUCCCUCGGUUUGGACUGCCACAGGUACUUGGGUCUGACAACGGGCCGGCCUUUGUCUCCCAGGUAAGUCAGAUGAUGGCCAGGGUUUUGGGGAUUGAUUGGAAAUUGCAUUGUGCCUAUAGACCCCAGAGUUCAGGACAGGUAGAGAGAAUGAAUAGAAGCUUAAAAGAGACCUUGACCAAAUUAGCUUUGGAGACUGGCGCUAAAGACUGGGUGCAGCUCCUACCUAUGGCGCUUUUUAGGGCCAGAAACACGCCGGCCCAUCAUGGACUCACUCCCUUUGAAAUUUUGUAUGGGAGCCCGCCUCCCGCGGCUUCCUUGUGUAGCCUUGACCCGGUUUUGUAUCCUAACCCUCCUGCUUUACAGACUCAUCUCCAGGCUCUCCGUGUGGUGCGAGAUCAUAUCUGGAAGCCCCUUGCGGAAGUCUAUCGAGACAAGGAAGUGCCGUCCUGCCCACACCCCUUCAAGGAAGGUGACCUCGUGUAUGUGAGGAGACAUCAGUCAAAGACCUUGGAGCCACGUUGGAAGGGGCCGUAUACCGUCCUCCUCACCACUCCCACCGCCUUGAAAGUGGACGGCAUCUCCGCCUGGAUUCAUGCGUCGCAUGUAAAGAGGGCACCACCCCAGGACCCAACUGACUCCCCCUCCACUGCAGAACCACCACUUGGAGCCUGGAAA